AUGAGGAUGAAGAUCCCUGCAGUACUCGCUCUGGCUCUGCUGAGCUUGGCUCUUUGUAUCGAUGGAAAGGAUACAUCAUGCCGACUGGCUGGGCAGUGGAAGAAUGAUCUCGGCUCUAACAUGACCAUUGAUACUGUCUUCAAAAAUGGAACGUUUUUCGGCAAAUAUCUGACAGCUGUAUCUAGCACUAGUAAAACAAUUGUAGAAUCGCCUCUGAUUGGAUAUCAACAACUAACUGAUCUGCCAUCAUUUGGAUUUACAGUGAAGUGGCGUUUUAGCAAUUCCAUCACAGUGUUCACAGGUCAGUGUUUUGUGGAGGAGUCUGGGCAGCUAGUUCUUCAAACCACCUGGUUGCUGAGAUCAGAGGCUGAAAACCUCCAGAACAACUGGCAGCAAACAAGAGUUGGAUAUAAUAUAUUCCGCCCAGUGCAGCGAAGAAACUGA